UGGAGUUUUCAGUUUGAGCAGUUCUUCGACGACUUCCGUCACAACUUACCCAAGUAAUAUUCUCUCCUCAACGUGGUUGGUUCACGAUGCUGGCUCUACUGGCGCUUCUGGCGGUGACCGCCGUGGGCCCCCUCGGCGUUCUGUGCGCCAGUCCGCGGGUCGAUAUCUCUGGUCUCGGUGCUGUGGUCGGAGAGACCGUACACUUCCAGCGUAACACCUACCCGAUCCUAGACACCUACGUGGAUGUCUACCGGGGAAUCCCCUUCGCUGAGCCACCAGAGCGCUUUGCCAAGCCCCAGCCGAAGAAGCCAUGGUCCGGUGACCUGGACGCGACGACGUUCGGGACCCAAUGCCCUCAGCCGCUGGUGAGCACCAACACAGGCGAAGACUGCCUUAACAUGAACAUCUGGGUGCCUAACCCUAAGCCGACCAACGCUGCUGUCAUGCUGUUCAUCCACGGUGGGGCGUUCCUGGUGGGCACCGGUUCGGACGAGACUUACAACGGGAUUUCCCUGGCCGCCUAUCGUGACGUCAUCGUGGUGACUUUUAACUACCGACUCGGAGUCUUCGGAUUCCUCAGCACAGGGGACGGCGAGCUUCCUGGUAACAACGGAAUGUGGGAUCAGCUUGAAGCACUCAAAUGGGUCAAGCAACAUAUCGCUGACUUUGGAGGAGACAACAGCAGGAUCACAAUCUUCGGAGAGAGUGCUGGUGGCGUGUCGGUCAGUCUCAUGACGCUCGCCAAGCAAUCUUGGGGUUACUACGACAGGGCUAUCAUGCAGAGUGGAACUGCAACAGCUCCUUGGGGAGUCCUCGACCCAACCAAGGCCCGAGAUGACGCCUUCGGACUCGGUAGGAAUGCCGGAUGCUGGGCCUUUGGAAGCAGUUCUAGUCUUGUCAGCUGUCUCAAGACGAAAACAAAGGACGAGAUCAUGAGUGCUGCGACCCCGAUUUUUCUGGCGGCUUUGCUAACGAAAAACAACCUGAUCCCAUUCGUGCCGACCAUCGACGGGGAGUUUCUGACCAAAGACCCGGCCGAGCUCUUCCGACUCGGUGAGUUCAAGAGCAGUGACGUCCUGCUUGGCACCCAGCGAGACGAAGGCGCCCUGAUUGCCCUCAAGGCCUUCUUGCCUGCCUCCUUUGGCUCAGACCCUGUCAUCAGCAAGGACCAGUUUGAUGGUUCUCUCAGCAGUUAUGUCUUCAUGGAGCACGACCAGGCGAUGUUGGACGUGAUCAGCGCGUACUACACGGACUCCACCCAAGCUAACUACCUCCGGCCGUUUUCCCGCCUCACCACGGACGAGGGAUUCACCUGUCCUACCGAUACCGUGGUGAAAGCCUUUGCUGCGGUCAACCCAAACACCUACCUGUACCAGAUGACCCAUGUGUCCUCCUUCCACUUCGUUCCCCUACCGACUUGGGACGACAUCGUGCCCCACGCGGACGACCUCGUCUACGUCUUCGGCAGCACCUUCAUGACAGGCUUACAACGACCCGUUCCAUUGUCGGCGGAAGAAGUAGACAUUUCGGUGGACAUGAUGCGAUAUUGGACCAACUUUGCCAAAACCGGUAAUCCCAACUUGGAGAGCCUGAACGAUGUGGAGACGCCGGAUGCUAAGACAUGGCAUAAGUUCAACACGCAGACCAUGUACUACAAGGACUUGUCCCCGUCAAUGGUGGACGGGCAGAAUCUCCUGCAAGAUGAGUGCUAUCUCUGGAACGUACAACUCCCCAGUAUGGCGCCAAGUGGACGCGCCAGCACAGUGUCGUCGGACCUAUUUUCACUUCUGAUGAUCGGCCACAACUAAAAGCACAGAGUGGUAUACCCAGCGGAUUGUCGCAUCAGAGGUUCGUUAUCGACCUGCGUAUUCGUCGGCUUCAGUAAUAAUAUUCUCUGAUCUUGAUAUAAUUGUAUUAUAACAUGUAGUUUUAAAGUGAUUAUCUUUAAUAAUCUCUGUGCUGACAUUCCGUCUUCUCGUAACGUUUAGAAGUAUACCCCUAGGGUGUCUGCAUUUUAAUUGUAUUCAUCAUCUGAAUUCAGAAUUUCCAAUUUUGAAACGAAUAGAGAAAGGUUAGAAAUCGUAGUCCGUUGCGUCCCAUAUCCCAGAAAAUAAAACAUUCAUUAUGUUUAUAAUCUACUUUAAGUAAUUGACAAAAAUACUAUUUUUGUGUUGUUAAAUAUUCCAUCAAUUCCGAUACGGUCUUUUACAUCCUAUAAUAUGACAUUAACAUAGCACUUAUGGAUCACCAAAUCAUUAUGCAAACGACAAAUGUGUCGAUUCCAGGAUGUUGACUAAUUACAAUUAGACGAGUGCAUUUUUUUCUGACAGCCAUUAGCAGUCAAGUUUAUAGCGCGUGUAAAUUGACCUCAAAAUCUGCAAGAUUUUACGACAAUACAAGAUGUACCAUAACGUCCAACCUCGCGUCCACAAGGGUUACUUUGUCUUCAACCUCGUUAAAGGGUAUUUGGAAAGAAAAGAAAGCAAUUUACAAUUUAUUGAGAAUUGAUGACUAGGCAAUAUAUAUCAAAUUAAGAUUGUUGACAUCAACUGCCUUCAGUCGAUCACGCGGACAACGGUGACUGUGAUAAGACUAGUCAGUGUUUGGUACCAAGACGUUCACAUAAAAGUGAACGUCGGCUGGCGAGACGUACGCACUGUAUUUUGGCAAUUUACAAUGUCCUUGUUUUGGCCAUCACGAUUAUCUCAUCGGUUAUGUGCGAAUACUGAAAAACAUCCGUAGCAAGUUUUUUUCGAUAUCUACAUAAUUUGUUAAAUACCCUUUUUCCAAUACCUUGGCUAUCUUGGGUGUAGUUUGGACCACUUGCGUAGCAGUUAUGCCUCUGACUUAUUUUGGUUACUAUGUGGCUGCCACCAGACUAACGGACCGGAACCUGAAAUUUGAUAACUAAAGUCCAACGCACAAACCACGGUUUGUAAAUUAAAUUAGUUCGAAAGAGAUUCUUUUUUUUUCAAUAUUUUGUUUUCUGA